AUCCAAUGUCGAACACUUAAUGAACCAUUGAUUUUGGAGAUUUAUUUACCGCUAAAAGUCCUUCCAGAGUAAACUUGACAUAAUCUUGAGGAAUCAAGCUGAUUUUGACCAGAAUUUACUAGCAUUUUACUUUUGCUUGUUGAAUAUGCCUAGGUUCCUUCAUGAAACGUCGUUGAUCCUCUGCUACUGGAUACAAAAGUCCUUCAAGAAGAAGCAUCAUAUGGUAUGUUCUUCAACUGUUUAACCUAUUGAACACUGGCAAAAGUACAAGUGUGACGUUAUUUUAUGAUUUCGCUUGUUGACCCUUUUGAUUUUUAAUGAAAUGACAUCGUUAAGUGAUAUAUUGUUACCGUGGGAUCACACAAAGCAACCAGACGACCUGUUUUUAACCUUCAGGAAUUCUGACGACUGUAUUGUUCAUGUACCUAUCGCAGCAUCAAAUGUUAAUAGUCUGAGGAGUAGUUCAGAUUCAAUUAUUUUAUCUGAACUCAGUAAACAAAUGGAUGCAAGACUUGCUAACAAAGCUCAGGAAUAUGGCCCUUUAUUGCUUCCUGGGUCAAUAUUUUAUGUAGGCAGUAAUCCUCGUCCUCGUAGGAAAGUCAAUCUGUAUCAUGAACUUAGUUAUGGUCAAAAAGUAAACUAUGGAGAAAAUCUCCACACAACUGGUGGACCUAAUGAUUUGGUUGAGUUGGAAAAACUCUCUUCUACAUUUACUGAUAGGAGGAUUGGAAUGAAUCUUUCGCAAACUGAUGUUGCAAAUUCACUUGGAAAACUCUAUGGAGUACAUCGUAGUGUAUCCAUGAUUUCACGUUUCGAGAGAAUGGAUCUUAGUUUAAGCAAUUACUUGAAAGUUUAUCCGAUUAUUCUAAGAUGGCUAAAGGAUAGUGAAACUGCUGAUGGUCGCGACAAAAUUAUUCGAGCUGUUGUUGAUUUUCAGAAUAAUAAUAAUGAUACGAAAUCACCAGUCAAAGGAAGUCCUCAGGCUGAAAGUCAUGUUUUCUCAAAAUUCUCAAGACGACGACCGAGGACAGUACUACCUGAUUCUACAAGAAGGGAGUUGGAGCGAAUUUAUAGACAACAUAACAAACUAUCUGCAUAUGAAUUGAUAGAAUUGGCUAAAAAAUUAAAUGUUGAAAAAACAAUUAUACAAGUAUGGUUCUACAAUCGUCGUACACGUAGUAUUAUUGAUCGAAAAAGAAAAUUGAAACGAGCCAAAAGGAAAUGUUGAUAUCAAAAACAGAAGAUCCAAUGUGUUGUACAGAACAUUUUCGUGAUAAUUAAAGAUAAAUCUUUUUCACUUCUAUAAUAAUCUUUAGUUUUUUAAUGACUAUGCUUAAUGUAUGAGAUUGUUAUUUCAAGCAAAAUGUAUUUUUAGCAUAGAUUUACGUUAGGUCAACUCUACAGAACUAGAAUAAAUAAUGAUUAUUACAGUAUGGUAUAAUUAGAUUCGUUUCAUAAGCUUCCAAUAUGAUGGAUGAAACUUGACUACUUUAGAUUUGUAGUCUCUUAAUGCUUUUACUGCAACGACGGCGACUACUACUACUUUUGAGAAGUAUCUAACAUCACUAACAAAAUUUAAUAGAAGUGAUUCAUUUUUAUUGAAU